AUGGCGUACAACGUGUGCGACUCGGUAACAACAUGCGUGGUGUGGCGGCUACAGUCAACGUGUGAAAUGAGAAGCCAGUGAUUAUAUCGUGUUUAUUUCCUAAAAACAAAAUCUGCUUUAGGAGGUUCCUCUUAGCAGAAUGGCGAACACAAACCUUCAGUUCAAGACAAAUUACGCCGUUUCCAGCAAGAUCGAGCCGUUUUAUAAAGGAGGGAAGGUGCAGAUCAGCAAAGAUGAGAAGUACAUUUUCUGCACAUGUGGAUCCCGUGUUAAUGUUUUGGAGAUCAGCACAGGCAAGAUCGUCCACUGUGUGGAACAUGAUGAUCAAGAGGAUAUAACAUCAUUUGCACUGAGCUGUGAUGAUGAGAUGCUGGUGACAGCCAGCAGAGCUUUGCUACUGAAGCAAUGGGACUGGAGGCAUGCCAGUUGCACUCGCUCCUGGAAGGCCAUUCAUACCAUCCCUGUGGCCAGCAUGACCUUUGACUCCACCUCCACCCUGCUUGCCACAGGCGGUUGUGAUGCCACCAUAAAAGUUUGGGAUGUGGUUAAGCAGUACUGCACUCACAACCUUAAAGGAUCAUCUGGUGUUGUACAUUUGGUCCAGUUCCACCCUGACAUCAGCCGACUGCAGCUGUUCUCCUCGUCUCUGGACUGUGGCAUUCGGCUGUGGGACCUGCGCUCCAGUCAGUGUGUGUGCAUCCUGCAGAGCCACUACAGCGCCGUCACCUCUCUCAGCUUCAGCGGAGAUGGUGGCACCAUGAUCAGUUCUGGGAGGGAUAAAAUCUGCACUGUUUGGGACCUCAAAUCUCACCAGGCUACGAGAACUGUUCCUGUUUAUGAGGCUGUCGAGGGAGUCGUACUGCUGCCUGAGAAGACAGACUUAUCUCAGAUUGGAGUAAAAAGCAAAAACUUGCAUUUCGUCACAGCUGGCAGCAAAGGUGUGCUGAGAGUGUGGGAGGCCAGCACUGCUCGCUGUGUUUAUACCCAGACUCUUCCCUCAACCUUGACUCCGUCCUCUGAGGAAGACGAAGAGGAGGACAACCCUCGCAGUGUGACGUAUCUUUUCCACCUGCCUGCCUCCUCCAGAUUGGCUACGGUCACAGCAGAGCACAACAUACUCUUCUAUCAGCUGCCCAGUCUCACCACACACCAGCAGUUUGUGGGUUACAGCGACGAGGUACUGGACGUGAAGUUCCUGGGUAAAGAGGACAGUCACAUUGUGGUGGCCACAAACAGCUGUCAGCUGAAGGUUUUCCAACUGCUUACCAACAGCUGUCAGAUCCUCUACGGACACACAGAUACCGUCCUCACUCUGGAUGUGUUCAAAAAAGGAUUUCUGUUUGCAAGCUGUGCAAAGGACCGGUCGGUGUGUGUCUGGCAGAUGGACAGCGACAGCGGCGAGGUCCGAUGUGUAGCUCAGGGAUCCAGCCACACUAAUGCUGUGGGCUCCAUCAGCUGCUCCAGGAUGAAGGCAUCCUUCGUUGUGACCGGCAGUCAGGACUGCACCGUGAAGGUUUGGGAUCUGCCAGCAGAGUUUCCUGGAGCAGAAAUCCAUCAGCUGAGCCCCCGCACCACAGAGAAGGCACACGAUAAGGAUGUCAACAGUGUUGUGGUAUCUCCCAACGACAAACUGCUGGCCUCUGGCUCCCAGGACCGCACAGCCAAACUCUGGUCCUUAACAGGAGAUGGAAACCUGGGGCUCCUGGGGGUGUUUCGGGGCCACCGUCGGGGGAUUUGGAGCGUCUGUUUCUCUCCGGUGGACCAGGUCCUGGCCUCCUCCUCUGCAGACGGAACCACCAAGCUGUGGAGCCUGCAGGACUUUAGCUGCCUCAAGACUUUUGAGGGACAUGAUGCAUCGGUUCUGAAAGUGAUCUUUGUGAGCCGUGGCACCCAGCUGCUGACCAGCGGUUCAGAUGGUUUAGUAAAACUGUGGACCAUAAAGACCAAUGAGUGCGUGAAGACGUUGGACGCACACCAAGACAAAGUCUGGGGUCUCCACGCCAGUCGUAAGGAUGAUAAGAUGGUCACGGGCUCAGCAGACUCAAACAUCUCAGUGUGGAUGGAUGUGACUGAAGUGGAGCUGGCAGAGGAACAGGCCAAACAAGAGGAUCAGAUACUGAAGCAGCAGGAGUUGUCCAACCUGCUGCAUGAGAAGAAAUAUCUGAAGGCCCUAGGUCUAGCCAUCUCACUGGACCAGCCUCACACAGUGCUCACUGUUAUCAAAGCAAUUCGUCAGGUGGAGGACGGCAGCGAGCUGCUGGAAAAGACGCUGCUGAAACUGCGAGUAGAUCAAAAAGAGUCGCUCCUGCGCUACUGUGUUGUAUGGAACACCAAUGCCAGGAACUGUCUGGAUGCCCAGGCAUGCCUACAGGUGCUGCUGACGCACCUGCCGCCCGAGGAGCUGCUGCAGUACCAGGGGGCCCGGACCUACCUGGAGGGUCUCAUCCCAUACACAGAGAGACACAUGGAGAGGAUCGGCCGUCUGCUGCAGGCGUCCAUGUUCCUCAACUACAUGUGGCAGAAAAUGAGAGUAGCUGGAGCAUCUUCUGGUAUGAAGCAGGACGAAGAGAUGGACACUACUCCUCUCACACAGACGCAACCCUUGUUUUUCAUGGACAAGGAAAAAGUAAAAGGCAGCAGUGAUGAAAGGGGAGACGGAGGCGACAACGGUGAUGGCGGCCAAGAAGAGGAGCCGUAUUCUCAUGUGGAAGAUGAAGAGGAGGCAGAUGAAGUCAGUGCCUCAAAGAAAGCCUCCACUAACGGUGCACAAGAGAAAAACAGAAGAAGUACCAAAACCAACGGGCACCACCAGUCAGAGAGCGAGGAAAGUUCAGAGGAGGAAGAGCUGGAGGACGAUCAUGCAAUGCAAGUGAUGAAAAAUGUCCUAGUUUCAUCCGCUCCACAAUGCCGGACUUUAAGCUGACAGGAUGAUGGAGCUCACCUGUAGACGGAAACCUCCUGAGGUUUUACUCUGCAGAUCAUUAGCUGACUGACUGACUGCAGACAUCAGGAAACAAAGGGGGAAUUGAUGCAAAUCCAGAUAACAGGUUUCACUGGAAAUAUUUCUGUACCACCUAAACCCUAAAUCAGUUCAUCUAUGCCGGUUUUAAACAAGAAACAAAAGUACUGAACCAUCCUGAUUUUAUGUUUUUGUAACAGGACACCUUCCUUGAGGUGUCCUGUUACAAAAAGAACGUAGAAACGGUGGCUUAAGCAUCUAGGCUGUGUGCUAGGGCAAUUUUCUGAAAGCAAAUACUAAUUAGUAGGCAUGCAGAAGUACCUGAUCUCUAUUUACAGGAUUAGAAAUGUACAGCUUCUUCAUGUAACCCAUACAUGUAGUGAUUUAUAUGUUUAUGAAUAAAAUAUUAAUAUCUA